CGCUGUCUCCCUGUGAAAGGGUGAUGUUGGACUCGGUGACACACAGCACCUUCCUGCCCAGCACGUCCUUCUGCGACCCUCUGAUGUCGUGGACUGAUCUGUUCAGCAGCGAAGAGUAUUACCCCGCCUUCGAACAUCAGACAGCGUGCGACUCCUACUGGACGUCCGUCCACCCUGAGUACUGGACUAAGCGGCAUGUCUGGGAAUGGCUGCAGUUCUGCUGCGACCAGUACAAGCUGGACACCAGCUGCAUCUCUUUCUGCCACUUCAACGUCAGCGGCCUGCAGCUGUGCAGCAUGACCCAGGAGGAGUUCAUCGAGGCGGCCGGCGUCUGUGGGGAGUACCUGUACUUCAUCCUCCAGAACAUCCGCUCCCAAGGUUACUCCCUGUUUAAUGAUGCUGAAGAGACCAAGGCCACCAUCAAAGACUAUGCUGAUUCGAGUUGCUUGAAAACAGCUGGCAUCAAAAGUCAAGACUGUCACAGUCAUAGCCGAACAAGCCUCCAAAGUUCUCAUCUAUGGGAAUUUGUGCGUGACCUGCUUCUGUCUCCCGAAGAAAACUGCGGUAUUCUGGAAUGGGAAGACCGGGAACAAGGCAUCUUUCGGGUGGUGAAAUCAGAAGCCCUGGCAAAGAUGUGGGGACAGAGGAAGAAAAACGACAGGAUGACGUAUGAGAAGCUGAGCCGAGCCCUGAGAUACUACUAUAAAACGGGAAUUCUGGAGCGGGUCGACCGGAGGCUAGUGUACAAGUUUGGGAAAAACGCACACGGGUGGCAGGAGGACAGGCUAUGACCGGCUCCGUCGUCUGCUCACGCUGUGGAUUUCUGCCUUUUCAAACAAGCUGAUUGCAAUAGACAGUUGAAAGUCUUGGUUUUCAUUUCUUUUUUUUUUAAACCUGCAAACGUCCUGAUAAAAUGUCUCCACAUCUCAUCUUACAUUUGGGUUCAGAGUUGUUGUUGUCUACUUCGGGGUGAUGGCAGCAACCCUUAAGAAGUUCUCUUUUCUUUAACCCAAGGGAAGGAGGGGGUGAUCUUUCGUGGUACCUUGGGCACCCGUGACUUCCCUGCUCGGGAGGGGCAGAGCCACAGUAGCCAGUGCAGCUCAGAGAAAAAUGACCCAGUUCUGCCUUCAGACUCAACCAGCGCUCCUAUCCCCAAAGCUCAAAAGUGUCCACUCAUUUAACCGUGGCAACUCACACAAAAAAAAAAAGCGUUAAGUUUGUAGUUAAUGUAAUAGGAAGGGGUGAAAUGUAAGACAAACAUUCAGUAGAUUCUAAAUCGCUCAAGUCAAAAUCUACAGAAAAGCUUCUUAAUUAGUGAAAGAGCUAAGCCAUCAAGCUCGUACAUUACUGGAUUUAGCAUCAUAGGUGAAUAGUAAGUUUCUUCACCAGAACCUCUCUGUGGCCACUGAGCAAAACUCCCACAGCCAUCCUUCCAGAGUAACACACUUAAAAUUAGACACAUUCUUAAUUCCUGCUGAGCUUAUCCCCCCUCUUCUCCUCCUGGUGGGGGCAUCAGAUAGUCAAGGACACUUGUACCAGUUUCCAAGUCACUGCUGUUUCUAUGACUCCAGAUGUCAAUGCAAUAAAAUCGUAAUUCGUUGACUCUGUCCAUGGCCAAGAUGUUAAUCCUGUGUGGAACUGGGCAUGUCCUGUCGACUCUGUGAUGGCCAAUUAAAUGAUGAGUCCCUCAUCCUGUCUUCCUACCUGAUGUGUGUGCAAGCUCCAGAACACACCAUUUCCUUGAUAAAAAUAGCGACAGUGAAUCUACACCACCAAAUGUUCACGGGUUCAAGUCUGCACUGACAUUUCUCAUGGGUCCCUGGCAGGUAAGCCAUUAGUGACCUACAGCGAGGUGGGCUGCCCGGGACUUCUCUUUCACCAGAGCAGGAAGCUUCAUUGGCGAGGCACUGAACCACACACAGUACUGGCUAACGACCUCCAUGCUCCGAGUUCAACUUCAAAAGUAACUGGUUUU